GAGCGGCUUGCUGCCAUGCGCUCUGAUUCGCUGGUCCCAGGGACCCACACCCCUCCAAUUCGAAGACGGAGCAAGCUUGCGAGUUUGGGGCGACUGUUUAAGCCAUGGAAAUGGAGGAAGAAAAAGAGUGACAAGUUCAAACAGACAUCUGCAGUCCUGGAAAGGAAGAUGUCCACACGUCAGAGCAGGGAGGAGCUCAUUAAGCGAGGAGUAUUGAAGGAAGUCUAUGAGAAAGAUGAGUUGCCAGUUGAAAGUGGACGUAUUUGUGUAUCUGAGUCUGAAAGAGAGGGGGCCAUGUCACCUGUGACAGACACCCAAGGGAGCAGUGGGACUGUUACAGAAAUCCAAUUGUCUACUGAAACGGGCGUGUGUAUAUCGGACCACGCCUCUAAACCCUCUCAGGUCCCACCUCCUAUUAAGCCGCUGCCGUUGCUAGGUGACAGUGUGGAUACAGCACUGGGCAAACCACCAGCACUCAAACAGCCACCUGCCUUACCUCCUAAACCGUUCAGUAGAAUACCUAACCAUUUAACAGACACCAUGGGUAAACUCUCUCCUCCUCUCCCUCCAAAGAAAGUGAUGAUAUGUGAGCCAACGCCCUCUUUCCCUCUUAAGUGCCCUCCUCCUCAGAGUACACAUACACACUCUCACACACACACUCUAACACAUUCUCAUCCACUGCAGUACACCACCCUUCCUCUCUCCCUCCAUCCGCCAAGCCGCAUCAUCGAAGAGCUCAACAAAACACUUGCCCUCACCAUGCAGAGACUGGAGAGUUCUGUCCUGCAGGCUGUGCCAUCUGUGCUGAUGGAGAGCGAUGAUGAAAAAGAAAACAGAGACUCUACACUCCAGCCUCCGACCAGCACACACACACUCACUGCACACACACCUAACACACUCACAUUCAGCAUAGCACACACUCAGGAGGAAGAAGAGGAGGAAGAUGAGGAAGAGGAAGAUGAUGACUCUCUGUUUACAAGCACCCUUGCUCUGCGGGUUUUGAGAAAGGACUCCCUAGCGAUCAAAUUGAGUAAUCGGCCAUCAAAGAGAGAACUGGAGGACAAGAACAUCCUACCCAUGCUGACUGACCAAGAGAGACUAGAGUCCAGACAACAGAUUGGCACCAAGCUCACACGGAGGCUAAGUCAGAGACCAACAGCAGAAGAACUGGAGCAAAGAAAUAUUCUGAAACCACGAAAUGAACAGGAGGAGCUUGAGGAGAAGCGAGAGAUCAAGAGAAGAUUGACCAGAAAGUUAAGCCAGAGACCGACGGUGGAGGAGCUGCGUGAGGCGAAGAUUCUGAUUCGCUUUAGUGAUUACGUGGAGGUGGCUGAGGCACAGGACUAUGACAGACGGGCCGACAAGCCCUGGACCCGCCUCACGGCCGCCGACAAGGCUGCCAUAAGGAAAGAACUAAACGAGUUCAAAAGCACAGAGAUGGAAGUUCACGAAUUGAGUCGACAUUUAACCAGGUUUCACCGGCCAUAG